UUAUUCUGCCCUAAGGGUUUGCCGUCUUGUUUCUUUGGCAUUUUCAAUGCUUUUUUGUUUGAUUGGGGUUGUUUUGCUAAUUAUUAGUAUUGCAACACCUUCUUGGUAGUUUUAAAAAAUAUUUUCUUUAAUUUUAUUGUUAGGCUUAUUGUCCAAUAUCGCCUUUCUAACGGAGCAAUUGAAGAACACAGACACGGUCUUUGGUUGGAUUGUGUUCUUCGUGGGAAUGAUUUAUAUUCGUCUCAAAACAGCUAUUUUCCUUCAUAUGGCAGUGCAGGCGAUCAAUGCGAGUAUAAAUGGGUAAACAUCGACUCUUUCACUCCAUAUGCAGUUUCUUCUGCUGGUGGCCCUCCAAUGGAUCCUUACUAUGGAAGAUCUGGGGCUAAUGCUUAUGCGAUGAGUACAAUGUUUGAAAAUGAUUUUGCUCAGCACAGAUUUUUAGCCUGGCACAUUUCUACACUAGUUCUUUUAUCAAUUGCAAUCACUGCAGGCAUCUUUGCUUUAUUUGCUUCUUGUUGUGUCCUCUGGACCGGCCUUUGUGCUCCUUUUGUGGCUACACUUGAAUUUAUCGCAUUUAUUUGUUCAACUAUUGGGUGUAUUAUUUUCUUUAUAAACGCUAAUCGUCCAGAAAUUCGUUAUGUACAAAUCCCCACUUCUGCAGAAAGAUGGAAAAUUAAUGAACAAAUUCGCGGAUUUUCUUUUGAUUUAACUUUUGCUUCCAUUUUUAUAUUUUUGUUUGCUUUCAUUAUUGGAGUAUUAAGUACAAUUACCGUAUUUGUGAAUGCAAAUCGUGAUCAUCAUCGACGACAUUUAAUUAGGUAUUUUUAA